CGCACCUUGGUGCAGUUAAGCCUCGCAAUCACUUCUUGGCUGCAAUUUGUUGUUGGGUCCUGAGAUCCACUGUUCGAGAAACAAUCUAUUUCUUUCCAUCUACUCCUGCAAGAGGAGUUGGAAGACAAUUCCAUUAAGCAUUGGUGUACUCCCUACGGAUCACUUCGUCUACGGCGUGCCUUGUGUGCACACGAGGUGGGACGUGUAUUGACAGCUCACCGCUGAGAAACUCGAAUAUUCGCCCCCUUCUCAAGAAGAUUGUGCGGACUCUGCGGCCUGUGCGAUUCAGUUUGGCCAAUCUGGAUUCUACGUCGGCUAUUUCGUUGCUCCGCCUAAGAAGCUGAGGAUAUGCUGAGAAUCAGGUUUGCUUUUCAAGGACUGACCGAUAGAGAAGCAUCUCACCGUACCGUGGUGGUGGCUCUGUUUUUUGACUGAAGAUACGGGACCUAAUCGCGAAACUAUCAGCGACAACGCUCGACCGCUCACCGUCCGUGCACAGCUUUAACUUGUACCCCAGUUACAAGGGGAAUAACCGCGCGGUAUUUUUGCAAGAAUGGCGUGGGACCACCUUGACAUCGACAAACCCCAUGUCGCGUAUAUGAUAUUGGGUGGCUUCACCAGCCUGUUCAUGUUGUGCUCGCUUUUUGUGAAGGAGAAACUCUAUAUCGGUGAAGCAACGGUCGCCACUCUGUGCGGUGUGAUUUUUGGCCCUCAUGCCGCCAAUCUAUUCGACCCCAUAUCGUGGGGCAACGUUGACAAGAUUACACUGGAAUGCUCGCGAAUUGUCCUUGUGGUGCAAUGCUUUGCUGUUGGCGUCGAACUGCCAAAAUCUUACAUGGAGAGGCACUGGAAAUCGGUAGCACUGCUUCUGGUACCCGUGAUGACAUGGGGCUGGUUGGCGACCAGUCUUUUCAUCUGGUGGAUGGUACGUCCGUUGACGUGGUUGGAGAGCUUGAUCUGUGCUGCCUGCGUCACGGCCACUGAUCCCGUCCUGGCCUCGUCGGUCGUUGGUAAAGGCAAAUUUGCAAAACGUGUUCCGAAACAUCUUCGAGACUUGCUCUCUGCUGAAUCAGGAUGUAACGACGGCAUGGCCUUCCCUUUUAUUUAUCUCUCGCUUUAUAUCCUAGCUUAUCAACCUAGCACCAACAAGGUGGCGCUCCAUUGGAUUUGCAUCACACUUCUUUAUGAAUGCAUCCUAGGUGGCUUUCUCGGAUUUAUGAUUGGUUAUGCUGGCCGUCAUGCCAUCAGGUUUGCGGAGCGGAAGGGGAUCAUUGAUCGAGAGAGUUUCUUGGUCUUCUACUUCGUGUUAGCUCUCUUUUGUGCUGGAACCGGUAGUCUACUGGGGAUGGACGAUUUACUGAUGGGGUUUUCAGCCGGAGUAGGGUUUAGUAACGAUGGCUGGUUCACUGAGAAAACAGAAGAGUCCCAUGUCUCCAAUGUCAUCGAUCUGCUGCUAAACUUGGCGUAUUUUGUCUAUUUUGGCGCAAUCAUCCCCUGGCAGGAGUUCGACGCACCAGAGAUUGGUCUUCCAGUUUGGAGAUUGGUCAUUAUUGCGAUUUUUGUGAUCUUUUUUCGUCGGAUACCCAUUAUGCUGCUCCUGAAACCUGUUAUACCGGACGUUAAAACUUGGCGGGAGGCCCUCUUCGCCGGCCAUUUUGGGCCAAUUGGCGUCGGUGCGAUUUUCGCUUGUAUCCUAGCUCGAGCAGAGCUGGAGACACAUUCUACUCAACCGCUCGAUGGGCUUCCGGGGAAAGGCUCCCCCAAUUACAUGGUUAUCCAGCUUAUUUGGCCUAUAACAACCUUCCUGGUUAUCUCAUCCAUUCUCGUCCACGGAUCCUCGGUUGCUGUGUUUACUCUCGGCAAGCGCAUCAAUACGUUGACGAUAACCAUGUCUUACACAACUGCCAACGACGAAGGGCCGUCUUGGAUGAACCGACUUCCUCGAAUUCAAUCCCAGUCCAAAGCUUCUCUGUCCUUGCGCAAGGAGUCCCUCGAUUCGUCUAACGAAGCGCUACCUCAGUUCCCGCCUGGGACUUUGGGUCCAAUUGGUAUUCCUGGCAACUUGUUGCGACGGCAGAGAGAAGGAGAGCAGCCCAGUCAGCCGGGUAGUCGUGCUUCCAGCCGAAAACCUACCAGAAGAAAGAAGCUAGGAGCGGGAGGUCCAAUCAGUCAAUCUGCUAUCAUGCCACAACGAAGAACCGAGCCUGUAACGGCCGACGAAACUGUAGAUCUUGAAGAGCAGCCUAUCGACCGGGCUGUAGAAGCGGGAAGACCUAGGAUCGAAUCUGGGACGGAGGGUGAGGAAGAACCGUUUAGACGGCCUGAGUUAGAAGUCUACCAAGAAGGAGACAACAUGAUCAUUGAAGACGAAGAAGGAAAUGUUCUUGAAACUACAGAUAUUAGCCAUCUUUCGCCUGAACAACGAGAGCAAGAGAUUAUGGCCCAGCACAAGCGUAUCCGUGAGGAUCCCACUGGAUUUUUUGCUAAGGCGAAAGGGCUUCCCCAUGAGCAAACGGAAGGAGAAGCCAUUAAGAAGGCUAUUGGAAAGGAUCUUGCUCGUCCACUCAAGCAGUUUAGAAACCAUUUGCCCUGGAACAAUGGCAAGGAGAAAGAUGCGGAGGCAGGUGGUGAGCCCUCGAAAAAGAAGACAAAGAAGGAGCGCAAACGUCGGUCUGCUCGCGCUUAUCAGUUCGCAAAUACAAUCAUAGUCGAGGACGAAGACGGUGAAGUUAUCAAGAAAUAUACCAUUCCUGGUCACAAGACAACCAAGAAGCCCACCAUAGAAGGUGAACCGUCCACCAAAGCAGCGUCGGCGGCUCGGAAAUGGAGCGUGGCCCGAGUGGGUACGUGGAUUGGGCGUGGCGACGGCAUGGCAAGCGCAGCUAAACCGAAAGACGAGGAAGAAGCGUCAUCUGACGAGGAGAGGCUCCGGUUUACUGUGCCUGGAAAGGAUGGGCGAGGCCAUCGUCUUGGAGGUCGUAGAAUGACCAAGGAGGAUUUUAUUAGAGAGAUUCAACGCCUUGAACCUCAGACGCGAAAAGAGAUCUACGAUGAAGACAUUCCAGGUCAGUUGAAGCCUGACACCGGAGACGAACAACCUGAGACCACGCGGCGGGCGCAGGGUGGUCAAGUGGAAGGUCAGGGAACGCCUCCUUGCCCUACACCAGCCGAAUAUACCCCGUUAAUUGGACAAGAGGAGAGCAUAGGAAGAGAACAAGAGGUGCCUGCUCCUGACGUCGCGGCCACGUUAGCUCAAUAUACCGGUCCCGACACUUCGGCCGCAGAAGCCCGCCGUCGCCGUCUCCUUGGACCUCGGGAAUCACCCCCUCCAUCACCAACCAGCAGCGUCCGGCGUCGUCGCGACUCCGAGGACGAUGGAACAAGACGUAUCCCACCUGCAGAACGUAGACAGCUAGCUGGCCUGCCACCAUCGCAACCCGCAUCCGCGACGUCACGGGCCAAAGAUAUCGAUCCGGAGACCGGGGAAACACAUGUGGAACGGCAGCGCCGUCUUGCUGCCUUGGGUCAGCUACCUGACACCGGUGACGAUGAGGACGCUGAAGGGCGUGGUCGCCACCGCGGUGACGGGCACUCUGAUAGCGAAGAUGACGGGCGGCCGCGCCCGGUGAGAGGGAAGGUAUCAUUUGCCGACGGAACACGGCCGGCGAAGACGAGGCCGGGCGCGAUGGCGGUGCACCCUCCUCGGGGUGCGAGUAGCGGUGGUGCACCUACGGCGGAGCAAACGUCGUCGCAACCCAGUUCGAGCUCUAGCAGUGGAAAUGGAAAUGGCAAUGGGAGUAGUAGCGGGAAUGGGGACGGUAACGGUAACGGUAACGGCGAUUCUAGACGACAUGUAUCACGUAUUUCAUGGGGAGGAGAGAGAGGUAGAUCAUGA